AUUAACAUUUGUUUUCAUUUUGUUUCGGGACGGGCUCCUUUCCUCGCGAGUCAAGGCAUGGAUCAGUGCUGGUACCACGGGACCAUCACUCGCUCGAGAGCUGAGGACCUGCUCUCUAAAGUAGGCAAGGAUGGAAGCUUCCUUGUGCGGGCCAGUGAGUCCAUCCCCUCAGCAUACGCCCUGUGCUUGCUGUAUCGGAACUGUGUGUAUACCUACAGGAUUCUACCAAAUAAAGAACAUAAGCUAGUUAUCCAGGCAUCUGAAGGUGUGCCGGUGCAGUAUUUCAACAACUUGGAUGACCUGAUAGAGUUUUACAAGAAAGAGAAUAUGGGUCUGAUCCGGAGCCUUAAAUUUCCAGUCCAGAAGGAAGAGGAGGAGGCGGCAGAGGAGCCAGAGGAGGAAAUGGAUCCUAUACCUGUGCCACCUAUAUUACCUCCACGCAGUAUUUCAGUACCGCCUCUGGUAACCGAGGCAAAAGAAGAUCUUUCUCCAAAUGAACAUGCCCAGGUGGUGGAAGUGAGCAAACCAUCCCUUUCUGAGACGCUGCUCCAGCGAUUACAGCACCAAGACACCAGCAGUAUUCCAGAAGAGCACUUCAAACUCAUCCAGGAUUAUUUGCGAGUUCAUGUCACCAGUGAUCUUGAGACAGUACAGCAAGCACCUUGGAAUCUCCCUCAGCUGAAGAAAUUGCUUGCAACACUUUGCAAAGGACUCUUCAGCGAGGUGUCUCGUACUCUUCCUUCUCUGGAGUCCUUACAGAUGGUGUUUGACCAGCAGCUGCCUCCAGGGAUCCAUCGACAUUCUCAGCCAUCUUGUGACGCCACCCGUGGAAAACUUGUCCAGUUGACUGGCUUGCUGUCUUCCAUUGAAGACAAGGUGAAAAAAUUGUUGAUUGAAGGGCCCGACUCAACACAUCGACGUUCGCUUAUCCCUCCUGUAACUUUUGAGGUGAAAACUGAUUCUCUAGGAAUUCCAUCCAAAAUACAUCUUAAGGUAGAUGUUGAGUUAGGAAAACUCAUUAUCAAGAAAGCUAAGGAUGGCCCUGAAGACAAGUUCUACCCUCACAAUAAAAUUCUACAGCUCAUCAAGUCUCAGAAGUUUCCUAACAAGCUGGUAAUUGUAGUGGAAACAGAAAAAGAGAAAACACACCGAAAAGAAUAUGUAUUUGCUGAUUCUAAGAAGAGAGAAGGCUUCUGCCAACUUUUACAGCAAAUGAAGAAUAAGCAUUCUGAGCAGCCAGAGCCUGAUAUGAUCACCAUCUUCAUUGGGACCUGGAACCUAGGUGAUGCUCCUCCACCAAAGAAGAUCAGCUCCUGGUUUCUCUCUAAGGGGCAGGGGAAGACCCGAGAUGACACAGCUGACUACAUUCCACAUGACAUCUAUGUGAUUGGCACACAGGAGGACUCUCUGGGAGAGAAAGAAUGGCAAGAGAUUCUAAGACAAUCCUUGCAAGAGAUUACAAGUAUCAGCUUCAAAGUGGUUGCAAUCCAUACCCUCUGGAACAUCAGGAUUGUUGUCCUGGCCAAGCCAGAACAUGAGAAUCGCAUAAGCCACCUCUGCAUUGACAACGUGAAGACAGGAAUUGCAAACAGACUGGGUAACAAAGGAGCUGUUGGGGUGUCAUUCAUGUUUAAUGGAACCUCCUUUGGUUUUGUGAACAGCCAUUUGACUUCAGGAAGUGAGAAGAAACACAGGGCGAACCAGAACUACACAAGUAUUCUGCGGUUUCUAUCGCUGGGAGACAAGAAGUUGAGUCCAUUUAAUAUCACCCACCGGUUUACUCAUCUCUUUUGGCUGGGAGACCUGAACUAUCGCCUAGAGUUGCCCACAGCGGAAGCAGACAAUAUCGUCCAUAAGAUCAAACAGAUGCAGUACACAGAGCUACUACCUUACGACCAGCUUCUCAUUGAAAAGAGGGAUCAAAAGGUGUUUCUGCAGUUUGAGGAGGAAGAAAUAACAUUUGCCCCAACCUAUCGCUUUGAAAGGAACACCCGGGAGCAUUAUGUCUACACCAAGCAGAAAGCAACAGGGGUGAAAUACAAUUUGCCAUCCUGGUGUGAUCGAGUGCUCUGGAAAUCAUAUCCCCUGGUGCAUGUGGUGUGUCAAUCUUAUGGAUGCACCAGUGACAUCAUGACAAGUGAUCACAGUCCUGUCUUUGCUACAUUUGAGGUUGCUGUCACCUCUCAGUUCGUCUCAAAGAAUGAUGAUAAGUACACAGAUUCCCUGGGACAGAUUGAAUUCCUGCGCUGCAGUGCCACCCUUAAGACGAAGUCUCAGACAAAAUUCUACAUUGAGUUCUACUCCAGCUGCCUAGAAAGCUUUGUAAAGAGCCAGGAGGGAGAAAAUGAGGAAGGAAAUGAAGGCGAACUGGUGGUGAAGUUUGUUGAAGCCCUUCCUAAGCUGACUCCAAUUAUUUCAGAUCCAGAGUACCUGCUAGACCAGCACAUUCUGAUCAGCAUUAAAUCAUCAGAUAGUGAUGAAUCCUAUGGUGAAGGCUGCAUUGCCCUUCGAAGUGGAGCUACAGAAUCCCAAGUCCCAAUCCAAACUAUGCUAACACACCAUGGGGAAAAGACAGGCAUCUUCCAAGGCGAAUUCAAGCUGCAAACAUCUGAAGGAAAACAGAGAGAAAAACUAUAUGACUUUGUGAAGAUUGAACGGGAUGAGGCUGCUGGCCAGAAACCAGUGAGGGUCUCGAGCUGUGUAGACUAUGCCAAGGAGUGGGAGCCGGUGAAUAGGGAGCCUUGUUCCAACAGAAAAUCUACUCACAUAAUGGCCAAAGAAGCAGCAGCUAUUGCCCGCUAUCGAGGAACGGCGACAGCUUCUCUAGAUGAACCGAGCAAGACUGAUCUUUUGCGAAGUACAGUGGCCACAGAUAUCAAUAAUCCCAGCUACUUACGGAUGGCGGCUGCCUCUCAACAAUUCCCUGCAACAGGCCAACUUAAGCAGAUUCCUUCACCAGACCAAUUGCCUGUUGCAUGGAACUAUGACCUACAACCCAAAGACAGUACUUGUCUGAUGGGACUAGAGUCUCCCACCACACCUUCCACCCAGUCACCCGGAUCUCCAAGAGCACCCACUCAGUCUACAACUCAUCGAAAGGAUCAAGUAUAUGCCGAGGUGAGGAAAAGCAUGGUAGAGCCAUUUCUACCAGAUGAAGUGUAUCCUAAACCAGAGAUGAUUGAUAACCCCCUGUAUGACUUUGCAAAAUCCAAGGACAGAGUGCCGUCCAAGAGAGAGCAGGAAUUCUCCAAGAUGUCUCGAAAAGAGCUCCCACAUAUCCCUGACCAGACCUUCCCUUUCCCCAAGUUACCGGAGCCUGACAGUAGCAAAUCUGCGUACAAGCAGCAGUCCUCCCCACCCUUCCCAGUCCCUGCAUCCAGAGUUCGUUGUCACACCUAUUCCAACCAAUCCGAGGGAAAGACUGCAGUGCCUGAAAAGACUUGUGGCAAGCAGAAGCCCUGUUCCAACUUAGACCCCCUAGUGCCACCAUUCAAGAAACCUGUCAAAUUCUCAAGGUCUGAAGUAGGACACAGCAAACCACCUCUUCCAUCCAAGAGUCAAGUGGUGCUUGACAUGCAGAACACCAAGGGAAAAGAUUAUCGAGACAGCUCAGAACUUCCACACCACAGAAAGCACCAAAAUGACAAUGGAACUGUAAGCCAGACAACGAUGCCGUGAACAGCAACUUCACAGAUGAGACCUUGAAACGAGUCCUGAAGUGAACCUGCACGGACAUUUCCGAGAGUUCAUGUCUAUAUCCUCUGGUCUGGUUCACAAACCCCUGGAAUUCUUUUAAAAUUUUUGAAAGAGAUAAUCUCUAUAUAUCAGUACACAUCUCCUCAGACAUCAUGCAAGACUACUUUAGACUAAGAUACAUGAAGAUGUCCGAUACCAGCAAAUGCCGUAAUGGUUAAAUUAAUAAUAAUAAUAAUAAUAGAUUUUUUUACAUUGCAGCUUUGGUGAUUCUUUUGAGAGCAAAGGAGUUGUGAACAUUUGUGUUACAAAAGGUACUAAGGAUGGGAAAAGGGGGAAAGCACAAGUUAGGUACAGUACAUCCAAAAAGUGCUCUGCAUACACAAGCUUGUAGGUUACUGUAUUUCAAACCUGAAUGAGGGCAAUUCUUUCUCAGCAGGAACCAUCUUGAAAUUGACAGAGCUUCAUGGCAUUCCUCCCCCAGUGGUGUGGAAAAACAAGAGCAAACAAUGCUGUCAAAAGUGCUAUAACUUUGUAUUUUCACAGGAUUA